AUGACAACAACAAGAGGUCAAACUGAAAUUGAAAAAACUCUGAAGGAGCAUGCGAAUUCACUGCUCAAGAUUGAUGCAUUCAUGGCAAAAACAGAGCAUACCUUCAAUGAUUUCAAACAAUUAUUGGAGAAAUUGGUUAACAAUAACAACAAUAAUCAUUUCGGUUCCAGCAACACAGAUAAUACCAAUCAAGAUUUCAAUAAUUUCAAUCGGAAUGAUAGAUUCUUUAGAAUGGGGAAACUGGAAUUUCCAAAGUAUGAUGGUUCCGGAGACGUUGAAGAUUGGGUGUGUAAGUGCGAGCACUUUUUUGAUGUGGAUGAUACUCCGGAAAACUACAAGGUCAGGUAUGCUGUGAUUCAUUUGGAAGGAAGAACUAUUAAAUGGCAUAAUAAUUUUGCAAAAACUAGGCCUAUUGCUAGUGUUUCAUGGGCAGAAUAUGCUAGAACAAUCACUGAUAGAUUUUCUAAGCAAUUGUUUAGAGAUGCUAUGGGGAUUCUAUCCUCUACUGUACAAGAUGGGGAGUUGGAAACUUAUUGUGAUGAGUUUGAUGAAAACUUGUUAAGGGUAACUAUAGCAGAAGAGUAUGCAAUUAGUCUUUUCAUUAAGGGUCUUAAACCUGAAUUAGGGGGUCCAGUUAGUAUGUUUGAUCCAAAAACCAUGAAAGAAGCUUAUAUGUUGGCAAAGAAACAGAAACUUGCUAAUGAUAAAAUGAAAUCCCAGUUUAAACCUUCAUUCAAUUCUAAACCAACGUCUUCCACAUUUAUACAUAAUCCUAAACCUAUAUCCACCUUCAAACCACCAGUUAACACAUCGCACUUACCAUUGUUACCUAAUCCUCACCCCAAUCAGAAGUUGUCUGCCACUAGAAGAUUGACCAGUAGAGAAAUUGAAAAUAAAAGGUCAAAAGGGGAAUGUUUCUGGUGUAAUGACAAGCUUACCCCUACCCACAAAUGUCCAAAUAAACAAUUGUUUGUGUUAGAAGUGGUUGAUGGGGAAGAUGAGGGACAACAGGAUGGGGAAUAUAUGACUAAUGACCCAACUGCUGAUGUUACUCAGGAUACAGUGAUUGACACUACAGUGACUGAUCCUCUUAUCUCUAUUCAUGCCUUAACAGGUAUCCCUUCUUUCUCUACUAUGCAAGUAGUAGGCAAUAUUGGUACAAAAACCUUACAAAUACUGAUAGAUUCGGGGUCUACUCAUAAUUUCAUUGAUGAGAAGUUGGCUGUUAAGUUGGGGUGUGUAAUGAAAGACAUAGAGGGAAUGAAGGUGGGAGUAGCAAAUGGUUCUCAGCUGUUAUGUGUGAAAGUUUGUCCAGGAUUUCAAUGGCAAAUGCAGGGUUUGUGGAUGAAAGCUGAUGUACUAGUAUUACCACUGGCCAGUUAUGACAUGGUAUUGGGGGUCCAAUGGUUGUCUUCUCUUGGGGAUAUUGUGUGGAAUUUUCAAGAUUUAACUAUGCAGUUUCGGGUAGAUAGUAAGGUUUACCAAUUGAAGGGAAGUAAUACUAAUAGAGUCUCAUUAUGUUCGAAUAAAUUGAUGAGUCAUCUAUUGACAUCACAGUGCAGUCAAGUUGUUCAAUCUCAACUGUUCAGUUUACAACAAGUUGAGGGUGAUGAGCAUUACCAACAUAAGGCAGUGGUUUCUAAUGGGGUAGCUGAUAGCAAGAUUCAGUCCUUAUUGCAGGAGUUUGGGGAUGUUUUUGCUACUCCUAGUUGUUUACCACCAUCUAGAGCUUAUGAUCACAAGAUUAUUCUUAAGGAUGAAUCCAUGGUUAUUAGUCAAAAGCCGUAUAGGUAUCAGGCUGCACAAAAGGAUGUCAUAGAGAAGGUGACUAAGGAGUUACUGGAUACAGGAGUUAUACAGGGCAGUACCAGCCCUUUUGCAGCUCCUGUGGUGUUGGUUAAAAAAAAGACGGAUCUUGGCGAAUGUGUAUUGAUUAUCGAAGGCUUAAUGAUGCAACCGUUAAGAAUGGGUACCCUAUACCUCUGA